AUGAAGACGGCCCAGUUCUCAAGCCUGAAGGCGCUGGCCAGCUGGGAGAACUACAUGUCUGUCAAGGCAGGCUACAAGUUGACCCAGAAGGUGCUGACGCCCUCUUCGAUCGAGAAGCAGAGCGUCAGGCUCAUCAUGGUGGUUAUCAACCCCAGCACGGUCGCUGGGCUGAGGCUCCUCGCCAUGGGCAAGGAGGAACACAGGGACAAGGCUGACGUUCUGAAGAUGUUCCAAAGGAUGAUCUCUGUGAUGAACGUGCGCGGGCCGGGGCAAGACGUGCGCUGGAAUGAUAACUACCGAUGUGUGCUGAGGCCAAGAGCAGUAGGUGAUGAGGGCGGGAAAGGAGGUGUUGAGGACCAGGCAGGCUGUUUUGAUGAGCAGUCAGAGGCCAACAUCCAGUUCCUCCAGCAGAUUGGUGAAAUUUGCAAGAUUUUGGCCAAAAAGGAGAAGAAAAAGAAAAGAUGGACAAAGACCGGUAGGCUGCCGACACCCACUGCCUCGGCUCUGCACAUUACGUGCAAUACCCUUCCCGCCUCCUGCAGGGAUAUUAUCCUCCGCAAGAUCCCGGGGGUCAAGUAUGUCUGCAUGGGGAAGGCCAACUCUGACCCAAAGGAGCACUCAUUUGGCAGGCGCCGCCAAAUGUGAGGCAACAAUUACUGGACCAGCAUAAAGAACGUCAUAGUCAGCAAUAGGAUGGCCCAGCGCCUGUACUUGCUUAAGCUCAUCGGGUUGUACCCCGUGUACGUGCAGGCUGACCUGGACCAUGCCAAGGCA